CUUCGCGAUACCCAUCAAUCCACAACCUCUCACUCGCGCGAUGAAGGUCACACAGGCUACAUCAUCGGCAGCAGCAGGCGGUUCGGGAAGUGGAGGAAGUGGCGGCUCACGAGAGGCUCGAGUGGCCGCUCACUCCCACAUCAAGGGACUGGGAUUGGCGGACGAUGGGACGGCGAUGCAGGCUGCGCAUGGUUUCGUAGGCCAAAAGACGGCGAGAGAGGCCUGCGGCCUCGUACUCGACCUCAUCCGCGGUAAGCGCUUCGCAGGCAAGGCUCUGCUCCUCGCUGGAGGCCCCGGUACAGGAAAGACUGCCUUGGCCCUCGGUGUUGCUCACGAGUUGGGUCAGAAGGUGCCGUUCUGUCCUAUGGUUGGAUCUGAAGUCUACUCGUCCGAGGUCAAGAAGACGGAGGUUCUCAUGGAGAACUUCAGGCGGGCGAUUGGAUUGCGCGUUAGGGAGAUCAAAGAGGUAUACGAGGGCGAAAUCACUGAGUUGACCCCCACGGAGACGGAGAAUCCCCUCUCGGGAUACGGCAAGACCAUCAGCCACGUAGUCAUUGCGCUGAAGACGGUCAAGGGCACCAAGCAACUGCGCCUCGACCCGUCCAUCUACGAGAGCAUCAUGAAGGAACGCGUCAGCGUUGGAGACGUCAUCUACAUUGAGGCGAAUACGGGCGCAGUCAAGAGGGUGGGAAGGUCGGAUGCGUACGCAACCGAGUUUGACUUGGAGGCAGAGGAGUACGUGCCCCUCCCAAAGGGGGAGGUGCACAAGAGGAAGGAGGUUGUGCAGGACGUUACGCUCCAUGAUCUCGACAUGGCCAAUGCCAAGCCGCAAGGUGGCCAGGACAUCAUGUCCGUCGUGGGUCAGCUGGUGAAGGGCCGUCGUACCGAGAUCACGGACAAGCUGCGUGGCGAGAUCAACAAGGUUGUCAACAAAUACAUUGAGCAAGGUAUCGCCGAGCUCGUCCCCGGUGUCCUCUUCAUCGACGAGGUCCACAUGCUCGACAUGGAAUGCUUCACCUACCUGAAUCGCGCCCUCGAAUCCACCAUCAGCCCCCACGUCAUCCUCGCAACCAACCGCGGUCAAUCCACAAUUCGAGGAACCGAGUACGACGGGCCAGGCUCUAACACGGGGAUCGUCAGCCCACAUGGUAUCCCGCUCGAUCUGCUUGAUCGCUGCAUGAUUGUUAGGACGCUGCCGUACGAGAGAGAUGAGAUUAGGGAGGUGCUCAGGUUGAGGACAAAGACGGAGGGACUGGUCGUAGGUGAAGAGGCGUUGGAGAAGUUGACGGAGAAGGGCGUUAAUACCUCAUUGAGGUUUGCGUUGCAGUUGCUCACGCCGGCGAGCAUCCUGGCAAGACUGCAGGGCAGGCAGGAGAUCGCUGUCGAGGACGUCGAUGAGACGGCGGGUGGGCUAUUCAUGGACGCGAGGCAGAGUGUGCAGCUCUUGAAGGCGUAGAUCGAAGACAAAUGAUAAUGUGUCACUUGGUAUCUCUAUUUUGCAUGCACAUCC